AUGUUCCGGUUCUUCAUUUUCGUUAGCAGCAACAGCAGCGCCGUAUUCGAGACAUGCACUUUCCUACAUCGCACCAUCGUCAUCAUCGGCAGCUUCGCUUGCACCAUUGGCGAUCAGGAUGACCUCGACAUGAUCUCGGCGAGAGCCCGUAAAGUGAUGGAAACCAGCGACAAAAUACCGAACGGAUCGGGUACCGCGACCGACGUCGCUCCAGCGACCAUGGACGUCGCUUGUUCGCGCCUAAACGACGCCGGCGUCUCGAGCGUCUCCGACGAUCGAAUACGAGUACCUGUGCGCUCGCGGACGGGCGACGAUCGUAGAACGAACUGCGCAGCCUGCGAAGGCGACUACGUUAUCUGUGAUUGUUUACAUUGUGAAAAAGACUGGAACUCGAGCCGUUUGCUGCUGCUCGCCGUCGCGUUGCUGGCGUGUUUCGCGGGCGCCAGCGGGUUCGCCAACGAAUUCGACAAGACCCAGCAGUUCUUGGACAAGAUCAAUUUGGAGAAGAGCAUCGCCGCCGUGUUCAACAAAGUCGCCUACGGCAGCACGACCAAGCGUUCGAUUCCCGACAACGUUUUCCCCGUCACCACCUUGGGCACGCCUCUGUUGACCACCUACCGGUACGGCAACGGCUACGAGGAAUGGCAGCGGGUCGACGUGAAGACGUCGGACGGCGAUCGCGACGUCGACCGGUCCAACGUCGAUUUCGAACAGCCGGAUUUCGAGAGCGAAAACAGCCGGAGGGAUUUGGACAUGGGAUACGGCGCGGAUUUGGAGAAGGACCACGCGCUGCCCACUUCGGCGCCCGCCGCCGACAUACUCAAAAACAACAACAACAAAAACUACAAUAAUCCCAAUCGGUACAAUAACGAUCGGCUAAAGCCGGACUUCAACGUGAACAAUAACCAAGAACAAGUUACUGAGAACGUGUACAAAACCACCACGUCCUACAAUCUUUUAAGAAACGUCAGACCGACGAAAUCGAUAUACGGCAAGGAACCGCCUAGUUACGUACCGCCUAGUAGAGCCUUCUUUACACCACCGCUACCGCCUGAAUACCAAAAUCCCUUCGCCGACAAACCAACUCUCAGAGGCACCAAUUCAGACGGUUUCGUCAACCGCAGGCCGAUCCCACCGCCUAGCCUCAUGCCAACGAAGGACCGCAUACCAUUCAGACCGGACUUGCCUAAAGUGAACGUAGAAAAACUACCCGAAAGGCCUAACUCGAACAACAACAAUGAACCGUACCGCCCCAACACGAACCCCAACUCGCAAGACAACAAGAACGAGAAGAAAAAAUCGCUGAACACGCCGUCCCAAACGGUGCGCGUCGGCGAGUUCCACGGCAUCAACCGCAACGCCAGCGAGAGCAACUUCGAGUACGAGAAGAUCCCCGUCGUGUCGGACAUAACGAGGAUCCUGAGCGGAUCCAACGAGAAGCACGGCCACAUAUCGGACAUACUGUUGAAGUCCGUCACGACGGCGCCCAACGUGCAGCACUUCGAGCCGAAGGUGCCCAAGACGAGGGCGCCGGCGGCGGAGCCCAGCCUCAAAAUCGACGAUUUCAACGAGAUGAACCCGAAGGCGGAGGAGCCGAAGAGCGACGAGGCCGUGUCGAAGAAGGAUCUGGAAUCCGGCCCGCCCGAUCGGUCCGAAAGCGUGACGAUCAAAAAAGACAACGCUCUGUCGGAGAGGAAAAACAACCCCGAGGACGUAACGACGCAAAUCUCCGACGUACUGAACCUGCCGAACGUCAAGGAAAAAGACGUUAACAGGGAGAUGAACGUGACGAUCGCCAAAUCCGACGAAAUAUGGUUGAUCUGUUGGAACGUGCACGUGUAUCUGGUCGUCUUCGGGUACUUUUUGCUCGCCAUGUUCUCCAUCUACAAGUUGAUCCGCUACGAAAACGAUCCGCACAUGUUCUCGAAGAGCUACUUUCUCACCAUCCACCUGAUGCUCACCGUCGUCUGCGUGCUGCGCAUAUUUUAUCUGAUUUACGACCCGUACAAUUUGUCCAAUUCGUUCAACGUGUUCCUCUACGAUUUCCUGCACAAUUUCCCUUUGAGUUUGCUGGCCACCACGUUCGCGGUGCUCAUACUGUUCCUCUUGAAAAGAACGUUGACUCAUCUCGAAGUUAAAACGCGUCCCGUGUUUCUGGUCGUGUUCGCUCUCUUGCACAUCGCCCUCUGUUUCUGUCUGAGCAUCGUCGAAACACUGGGGCAUCUCGACAAAGCCGGUUUGACCAUUUGCAAGCCGGUGUUCGUGCUGCUCGCUUGGGCGCUCGGCUUCAGCUACCUUUACUUGUCUCGAAUCAUCAAGAACGUACUCGCCAAGAAGAGCCAAAAUCUAUCCGAAAUGUGCACUCAGAAUAUUUCUUACGCUAGUCAUAUCACCAUAGCCAUAGCUUUGCUGUUUAUACUGCUCGGUUUGGUGCAAGUUUACGCUCUAUUCUUCAUCAAAGUCGAUCGAUUUAACAAGGAAAUCAAACACCAUUGGAUACUGUGGGGUUUCGAGUUAUCGGUGCGGUUCAUAGAAAUCUCCAUAAUCACGUUGCUCGCCAUCGUGGUGAGCUUGAAGAUGUCGCAAAGGGAGAAACAAUCCGCCGGCGGGUUCCCGUUGUUCCCGUGCACGACCAGCGACUCGAGCACCGACAACAUCUAUCCCAACAACUGCAACACGAACCCCAACGCGUUGAACUACAGCCGACAGGAGAUGAUCAUGGACAACAUACCGCCGGAGCCGGUCGAGCGGCCCAACCUGCUGAAGAACUCCUUCCAAAACGACUCGUUCGACAGGAAAUCGACGCUGGAACGCUACCAGAGCGACAGCGAGCGCGGCAGCAACUUCGACCGGUUCGAGCGCUCCAAAUGGGGCUCCGAUCGGUUCGCGCACGACGACGGCGCCGGCGGCGCCAGCUUGAACAACUACGUCCAACCGGGCUCGGGCAACUUCGAGCGCGGCGCGCACAAUUCGGUGCAGAACUCGCUGCGCAACGAACGGACGUCGGGCAGGAAGCCCUGCGACUCGGUCAAGUACUACGUCAAGCCGAAGUACGACGUGGAGUACAACAACGAGGACUACCAGCACGAUUUGUUCGGGAACAAUUCGGAGAGGAACAUCUACAGCGAGCCGGUGGACAAUCCGGGCGCGCACCACCAGUACGAGCGCACGCGCCACGAAUUCGAGCGGUCCGAUUUCGACAGACGGUCGAGGAACAGCUCGAACACGAGCGGUCGAAGGUCGACGGGCAGGGCGCGAAAGAACCAUCCGCGACCGCACCAGGGUACGCAGACGUUGCCCAGCCAGGACAGGCACCAGCUGCCCGAUUCGAUGCUCGUCGACGAGCGGGGCUUCGUCAGGUUCAGGCAGAUGCAGGAGGAGCCCGACAUGCCCAAGAAGUUCAAGCGCCAGCUCGCCGAUCAAAAUCACUAUAGCGACGCGUAA